UUUCCAUUCAUGAUUAUAUACAUUAUUCCAUUAAAAGAGUUGUUUGUUCUCUCUGUGUAUAGAGAAUAUAUAUAUAUUCUUAGAUAGAAAGAAUUUGAAGAAGAGAGAGAGAGAGAGAGGAACAAAAAGAAUGGGAAGGCAGCCAUGUUGUGAGAAGGUAGGGUUGAAGAAAGGGCCAUGGACAAGUGAAGAAGACAAGAAGCUAAUAAACUUCAUUUUAACAAAUGGGCAGUGUUGUUGGAGGGCUGUCCCCAAACUUGCUGGUCUACUGAGAUGUGGCAAAAGUUGUAGACUUAGAUGGACUAAUUACCUUAGGCCUGACCUUAAAAGAGGCCUUCUCUCUGAUUUUGAGGAGAACUUGGUCAUUGAUCUCCAUGCUCAACUUGGAAACAGAUGGUCAAAGAUUGCUUCACAUCUUCCUGGUAGAACUGACAACGAGAUCAAAAAUCAUUGGAACACUCACAUAAAAAAGAAACUAAGAAAAAUGGGCAUUGACCCUCAAACUCAUAAACCUAUAUCUAUCUCAACUGAUUCACUCCAACCCAACCUUCAUUCCUCUCUCGAAACGGAAACGUCGCCAAACUUACCGAUUAACGUCACUGAAACCAAGGAGCUGGAACAAGCAAUGACCUCAGUAACUAACGUCAAGCCUGAAACCCUUUCAAAUCCAUGUGUUUCUUCUUCAUCAUCUUCUUCAUCUUCGUCUUCAUCAUCUUCGAACUCGAAUCCAAUCAGAUUUGAAGAUCUUGAGUUCCCAGAUUUCGAGUGGCUAUCUAGCAAUGAUAUGACUAAUAAUGAUAAUGGUAUCGAAUUUUGGGAAGAUGAUUAUUUUAGUAGUUGGGAUUUCUUGGUUGGUCAUGAGGAUGGUGAAGUGCCAAUAUUCCAAGAAUCUUGGCCUUGUGGAUUAAUUUGAUUCAGACAGAAAUAUUCUUGUCAAAAUGUUGUGUUGUGUUUUUUUUUUUUUCCUCGUAAAAUGUUUGGUUACAGAGUGAGAAUAAAAUAUGGAAAAAAGAAGAAAGGAAAAAAAAUGAUGUGAUUUUGAGAGGACUUCCAAUUAAUUUUGACUUAUUCAAAUUUGUUAUCAUAAAAAAAGGGGUUUUUUAUGA